GUACCUCAGUGCGACUCCACGGAUGUUGUCCGGCAUUUCUGUGAUUCCAAGGCAAAAGAACAUACAUAUGUAAGUCAUAUUCUGGAAAAAAGUUUCAAUUUACGUCUUAAGUGAAGUCUACGAGACGAUUUGUGCUUGGAAAAGAAGAAGAUGCGUUUCAAAUAACCUGACGUGUCGUGUAGAAAGGUUAAAGAAAACCUCUUAAACAGGUUAGAGAAGAAGGGCCAACAAGGUUUAUUUAAAAGUGUGAAGUUACGGAGUCGGUUCAGCGUAAAUAUCUCUGUGUGCCUGUGCAAGCUCUCUUGGCGCAUCUAUUUUGGGCGACGAUUUUUUUCGUUACAGCAAGACGAGAUUUAGCGAAAAUUUCGUGGCUCGAUGUACCGAAUAUCUACUGGAACAAUUAGUAUACAGUAUUUUAAUUAUAACUAAUUUCGUAGUACGCUGUUUCUAACAAUUUAACACCACGUAUGUGGAAAGACUCAUCGGUAACACAUGACUGAUAACAAACAUGAUUCAUUAAGUCUAUGUGUACGCAAUGUUGUCAUUGUAAACACGGCAAAUGAGGAUUAGAAUUAUCACCGAGCAAGGCGGUAUUUGUCUUGGAUGCUCGUUUAAUUCAAUGCAGAGCGUAUAAAACAAUAUGAUAGUUUGAUAGUGUUAGUUUUCAACUUACCGCCAUACAACAUACUAUUACCCUGAAGUUGGCAACGGUCCAUAGAAACGUAUUGAAUUUUACAAAAUGUCAGAUCGAAAGUAGCGCACUAUAACCUUGUUUCUUCUGUCAAAAUUUGUGUACUGUAUUCCAAAACAAUUGCAUAUUCUUAUCAAGACUAUUAUUUAUACUUUUUGAUCGUUUAUAUCCAAGUUUCAUCGUUCGAGCAUCUGUAUCCUCCCAUAAUGACAACUGUUGAAUUACUAGAAAGUAGAAUAACAGAGUUGGAGAAGCGUGUAUUUGGAUAUAAGGAAGCAAGUGGAAAUAAUAAUACACCUCCGGAGAAUCCUGUGAUUCAUAGCCUUCUAGAUGUGAACACAUUGGUCUCGUCCGCUAUGUCAGGACGUAAAAACGCUAACAUGGUAAUACAGCGGUUACCAGAAUUGAAUCGUUACUUAGAUCCAGUAGCCGACAGUACGGAGUUACCUAUAGAAGCUAAGCUACAGUUACUGCUCACAAUGGCACCAGAGAUUAAACAGAACUGUGAUAUGUUACAUCAGAUGCAAGAGUUAAUGCCCGUACUAGAAACUGAUAGAAUAAGAGAUGUACCAGAAUUAUCCAAUAAACUGAACGACUUAAACUUGUCAUAUUUGAAAAUAUACGAAGAGAGUCAAGAUCUGAACGGUCACAUAAAUGAAGUGUUUUCUAAGUACAACGAAGUAAUAACUAGCAUUUCUAAAUCACUGAUUACUAUAGAUGCAGCAGUGACAGCAGCAGAGAUAGCAGCUAUGCCUAAAAAACAAGUCGAUUAGGAUUAUAUAUAAGGAGUAUAUAAGGAAAUAUAUACAUAUACAUAUACAUAUACGUGUAAGGAAGAUUAAUUUGUAAUUUUAUUAAUAAAAUUAUUUAAUGUAUCAUAUUCGAAAUAAAAAAGGCGUUGAAUUCAUUUAAAAUACAUUUAUUCUUUAUCCUUAAUAUAUAAAAAUACUUACGCAUUCAUCAGUGACUAUGCAUACAUGAACAUAUUUUAUUAUUGUAUCUCUUCGUAACAAUGUAUUUCAUUAAAAUACUUAUAUAUUA